AUGCUGUCCAGUGUUGCCCUCAAGUGUCCAGUGCCACUCUCAAGUGUCCAGUCCCGGCCUCAAGUGUCCAGUGCCGCCCUCAAGUGUCCAGUGCCGCCCUCAAGUGUCCAGUGCCAGCCUCAAGUGUCCAGUGCCGCCCUCAAGUGUCCAGUGCCGCCCUCAAGUGUCCAGUGCCGCUCUCAAGUGUCCAGUACCGCCCUCAAGUGUCCAGUGCCGCUCUCAAGUGUCCAGUGCCGCCCUCAAGUGUCCAGUGCCGCCCUCAAGUGUCCAGUGCCGCUCUCAAGUGUCCAGUGCCCGCCCUUAAGUGUCCAGUGCCGCCCUCAAGUGUCCAGUGUUUGCCCUCAAGUGUCCAGUGCCGCCCUCAAGUGUCCAGUUCCGCCGCCCUCAAGUGUCCAGUGUUGCCCUCAAGUGUCCAGUGCCGCUCUCAAGUGUCCAGUCCCGGCCUCAAGUGUCCAGUGCCGCCCUCAAGUGUCCAGUGCCGCCCUUAAGUGUCCAGUUCCGCCCUCAGUGUCCAGUGUUGCCCUCAAGUGUCCAGUGCCGCUCUCAAGUGUCCCGUCCCGGCCUCAAGUGUCCAGUGCCGCCCUCAAGUGUCCAGUGCCGCCCUUAAGUGUCCAGUGCCGCCCUCAAGUGUCCAGUGCCGCCUUAAGUGUCCCAGUGCCGCUCUCAAGUGUCCAGUGCUGCCCUCAAGUGUCCAGUGCCGCCCUCAAGUGUCCAGUGCCGCCCUCAAGUGUCCAGUGCCGCCAUCAAGUGUCCAGUGCCGCCCUCAAGUGUCCAGUGCCGCCCUCAAGUGUCCAGUUCCGCCCUCAAGUGUCCAGUGCCGCCCACAAUGUGUCCAGUGCCGCCCUCAAGUGUCCAGUGCCGCUCUCAAGUGUCCAGUACCGUUCUCAAGUGUCCAGUGCCGCCCUCAAGUGUCCAGUGCCGCCCUCAAGUGUCCAGUGCCGUUCUCAAGUGUCCAGUGCCGCCCUCAAGUGUCCAGUGCCGCUCUCAAGUGUCCAGUGCCGGCCUCAAGUGUCCAGUGCCGCCCUUAAGUGUCCAGUGCCGCCCUCAAGUGUCCUGUGCCGCUCUCAAGUGUCUAGCCCAGCCCUUAAGU